GGCUGAAGGGUCGGAUGCCGAGCGCCCGCGGGGAGCAGGGGUCAGAAGGGCUGGAAGCUGGGGUCCGGGUCACCGCCACCCCUAAGUCGGGGAAGGGAGCGGCCUGAGCGGGGGAGAACAGGGCUGCGGUGUCAGGAUUUCAACACUGGUAUGGGGACAGGGAAUGCAUUUCAGGUGGAUCAACCAUUUGGCAAAUGUCUGGUGCCCUAUUCUCCCUCAGUUGGAAUGGGACAGAGCCUGCCUGGCUUAAAAAUUGGAGAAUUCAGAGUGGAGCCUCUGGGUUCAGGAAGAGCGAGCCUGGAAGAAGUGGUCAAGAAGCAAGGGGUUGGGGUGCUCUCAUUCCUCCCCUGCUUUUCCCACCAGAGGACCCCCAGGCUGACUCCUCAGCCUCACCCCUUACCCACUUGGAGGCCAAGAUCCAACAGACACACAGCCUUGCCCGCCUCCUCACCAAAUAUGCUGAGCAGCUUCUCCAGGAAUAUGUGCAGCACCAGGGAGACCCCUUCGGGCUGCCCGGCUUCUCGCCACCGCGGCUGCCGGUGGCCGAUCUGAGCGACCCUGCUCCGGGCCACGCGGACCUGCCAGUGCACGAGCGCCUGCGGCUGGACGCGGCGGCGCUGGCUGCGCUGCCGCCGCUACUGGACGCGGUGCGCCGCCUCCAGGCCGAGCUGAACCCGCGCGCACUGCGCCUGCUGCGGCGCUUGGAGGACGCGGCGCGCCAGGUCCGAGCUCUGGGCGCCGCGGUGGAGGCCCUGCUGGGCGCGCUGGGGGCCGAGAGCCGCGGGCCCGGGCCCGAACACGCGGCCGCCGCCGCCACUGACUCCGCGGGCGUCUUCCCGGCCAAGGUGCUGGGGUUCCGUGUGUGCGGCCUCUACCUCGAGUGGGUGAGCCGCACUGAGGUCGACCUGGGCCAGCUGGCGCCCGGGGGCCCGGCCUGAGCGCUGGGCGCGCGGUCCAGCUCGUGGUCCCCUCCCUGGCCGUCUCCAUCUCUCGCCACCUCUGUCAGCGUCUCUGUGUCCUCCGACUGUGUCCGUCUCUCUGUUUUCUUUCUACGCUUCUCCAUCUCUUUUUCUCUCUGGGUCCUUCUUGUCUCCCUCUACGACUUCCCUUAUCUGUCAUGUCUUUGCUUCCCUGGAGUUUUCUCCAUCACUUGGGUUGCCUCUCUGAGGGUCUUAGUCUUCCGGUCUCUUGUUUCCUCUGGGCCCCCUGGGAGCCUGUGUAUAUGUCCAUCUCAUCUCAAGGAAGGGACACCUGUCACUCUGUUUGCCUCUGUCCUUCUCUCUGUCGUUUCCUGGCCAGGAACAUGCCUGUUGACCCUGUGGUGGAAGGGCUCCUCCAGACAAAUUUCAGCCACCUUCCUCCAGGGUCACUCCACCUGCUGCUCUCCCUGUCCCCAACCCAGCCCUAGUGGCCCUCCCCCCUCUCCCUUUGAUGCCCUCCACCCCUUCCCCUCCCUCUGCCCUAAUCCUACACCUUCCCUUCUCCUCAAGUCAGGUUUUUGGAGACAAAAAAAAAGAAGAAAAAUCUCACCCCUUUGAAGAGUUUUAUUUACGAGAAUAAAUUAAUUUUUUGU